AUGACAUCUCUCCCCAGCCAUCCACCCACAGCCUGCGGCCACCACCAUGAGCAAGCGCCGCCAAAGGCGCCACAAAUUCAGCAACUGAGUUCUACCCACAAUCCAUUCCUCUCCACCACUGACCCAGCAAACCCGCGCGGCCGCAAAUGGCUUCUAGUGGCCCCCCGCAAUCAAAUGACUUGUUGUCCUGCUCUUCGACAAGUUGUCGGAGCCCAACUACAUCAUCGGCUGGCUCUAAAUCGAGGCGGAUCGAACCGAUUCGGGUCAAUUCAAAGGGUUAUGACAACGAACAAAUGGUUAAAGCUCGUGAUUCAUCAACAAUUCCCCGAAUCUCCGGCAGGCGGAUUCCGGCAAACAUAUGCAAAGCACCAUGGCCCCACCACCGGACUCACCCUCCCCGACACCUGGCAGAAAAAGGCACACUUGUGGAGUCGGGGUCAGGUCAAUGGGGCCCGCGUACAAAGGCUUCCCCCAACCAAAAUCGGCCAACUCGUAGAUCGAAAAACGGGUCCACUGGGUUACAGUCAACUUCCCGUCAAACUCCAACCUCUCGGGCCUGUGUCGGUAAGCUGGGCCCGUAAGAGGCCCGCUCGUGAGCCCGUCCACAGUGCUCACGGCACAAGCAACGCACAAUGCGUUCCCGUAGAACCCAUCUUUGAGAGGUGGGUUCAUGAGCUUCGCGCGGGCGUUGACCGAAAAGGUCAAACGGAGACGACAGUCGAGCGGUCUAACGUCGAGCGCCUUCACCCAUGA